AUGGUGGCGGACGACGGGACGUGCGCGGCGUGGACGAAGAGCGUGGAGGAGACGCUGAGGCAUCACGGCGUGCGCGCGUCGACGGGGGUGGAUGCGGCGAGCGUGGAGGCGCGGCGGGCGGAGGCGGGCGGGUUUAACGAGCUCGAGCGCGAGCCGGGUAAGCCGCUGUGGGAGCUCGUUUUGGAGCAGUUCGACGACGCGCUGGUGAAGGUGUUGUUGCUCGCGGCGGCGGUGUCGUUCGCGCUGGCGUAUUUUGAGAGCGGCGAGAGUGAGGGCGGGCACUCGUUCGCGGCGUACGUGGAACCGCUGGUCAUCUUGCUCAUCUUAGUGCUGAACGCGAUAGUCGGCGUUUGGCAAGAGAGCAACGCGGAGAAUGCGCUUGAAGCGCUGAAGGAGAUGCAAAGCGAGCACGCUAAAUGCCUGCGCGAUGGCGUGUGGAACGGCUCCCUGGCGGCGAGGGAGUUGGUGCCGGGAGACAUUGUGGAGCUCAAGACGGGUGACCGUGUGCCGGCGGAUUGUAGAGUUAUCAAGUUGAAGACGGCCACGGUUCGGGUCGAGCAGGCCUCUCUCACUGGAGAGUCAGUGGCCGUUGAUAAACGAACCGACGCUGUACGCGAUGCCGACAUCGAGCUCCAAGGUAAGACGUGCAUGAUGUUCGCCGGCACGGCGGUGUCCAACGGAAGCUGCCUGUGCGUCGUAAACACGAUCGGCAUGGCCACGGAAAUCGGUAAGAUUCAGUCUCAGAUUAAAGAGGCGAGCGAGGAGGAAGAGGACACGCCUCUGAAGCAAAAGUUGGAUCGUUUCGGCGAGAGUCUGACGAAGAUGAUCGGCCUUAUUUGUCUCAUCGUUUGGUUGAUCAACUACGAGCACUUCAUCCAGUUUAGCUUCAAGGCUGGUUCCCCGAUUCCGACCGUCACGUUCGAUCUGGGCAAGUGCACGUACUACUUCAAGAUUGCGGUCGCUCUGGCGGUGGCGGCGAUCCCCGAGGGUUUACCCGCCGUGAUCACGACGUGCUUGGCUUUGGGCACGAGAAAGAUGGCGCAAAAAAAUGCCAUCGUCCGCAAACUUCCGAGCGUCGAGACGCUCGGCUGCACGAGCGUCAUUUGCAGUGACAAGACGGGAACAUUGACAACGAACCAAAUGUCGGUGGUCAAGCUCAUCUCGGUUCGCAAUGAGAAGAAGUUGGAUCAGUACGAAGUUGAAGGGACGACGUACAAUCCUACCGAGGGCGGUGUCAUUGGCAUCCCAAAAAAUCUGGAUGCCAACUUGAUUUCGAUCGGAAAAGUUUCUGCGCUGUGCAAUGGAGCGCACAUAGAGUUCAAAAAUGGCGCGUACAAGUGCGUCGGAGAACCGACGGAAGGGGCUCUCAAAGUGUUGUGUGAGAAGAUAGGUCUGGAGAACAUGCGCGGCGUCGAGGCGAAACGCGAAUCUGAUCCGGAGCAGAAUGCGCAGAUCGUGUGCGACAUGAUUGAAAGUACCUUUGACGUAAAAGCCAUGUUGGAGUUUGAUCGCGAUCGCAAGUCGAUGAGCGUGAUCGCGGGUGAGAAGACGAAAGGAAAGCGCAACGGCUCAUUGCGUGAGAAUGAACUCCUCGUCAAGGGUGCGCCAGAAGUAUUGCUCGAGCGAUGCUCGAGCGUCCAGUUGCCAAACGGAUCAACAUUGCCGCUCUCUGCGUCGAUGCGAAAAAUGAUUCUCGCCGAGCAAGCGAAGAUGGCUCGUAGUGCGCUCAGAUGCCUGGCGUUUGCCACCAAGUCUGCUCUCGGUGAGUUGUCAUCUUAUGAUGGCACGGAGAAACACAAGGCGCACGCCGUUUUGAAGGAUCCGUCGGCUUACGCAUCGAUCGAGUCUGACUUGACAUUCGUCGGUAUGGCUGGGUUGCGCGAUCCUCCGAGACCGGAGGUCGCGGGUGCCAUCGAAGACUGCCACACGGCGGGCAUCCGAGUCAUCGUUAUUACCGGCGACAACCAGCUCACCGCGGAGGCCAUCUGCACUGAGAUCGGCGUCUUCUCGAACCAAGCCGAGGUCAAGGGUCGAUCUUUCACGGGUCGCGAAUUUGCGGCUAUGCCAAGGUCAAAGCAGCUCAAAAUUCUCCAGGGUUCUGGUGGACGCGUUUUCAGCCGCGCCGAGCCAAAGCACAAGCAAGACAUCGUGCGUCUUCUUCGCGACAUGGGAGAGGUGGUCGCCAUGACGGGCGAUGGUGUGAACGACGCUCCGGCAUUGAAGCUUGCCGAUAUCGGCAUCGCCAUGGGUAUCGCCGGCACAGAAGUCGCCAAAGAGGCGUCUGACAUGGUCCUAGCAGACGACAAUUUCAGCACCAUUGUCGAAGCGGUUUCCGAGGGUAGGAGCAUAUACAACAACAUGAAGGCAUUCAUUCGAUAUAUGAUAUCGUCGAACGUCGGUGAAGUCGUGAGUAUCUUCCUCACCGCCGCGCUUGGCAUCCCCGAGGGACUCGUCCCCGUCCAACUGCUUUGGGUAAAUCUCGUCACUGAUGGUCCGCCGGCAACUGCUCUCGGUUUCAAUCCGCCAGAUAAGGAUAUCAUGACCAAGCCACCUAGAAGGAAGGACGAAGAUCUCCUGACCAACUGGGUCAUGUUUAGGUACGCCGUGGUCGGGCUUUACGUCGGUGUCGCGACCGUGGGUGCCUUUGUGAUUUGGUUCACGCAAACGAGCUUCAUGGGCAUCGAUUUGAGUGGAGACGGACACACCGCGGUGACGCUCACGCAGCUCACCACCUGGGGUCAGUGCGCGAGCUGGAAGAACUUCAAGGGAGGUAAAUUCACUGCAGGAGGAGUCACAUACGAUUACACUGGCAAAAACGCGUGCGAGUACUUCGAGGCGGGAAAAAUUAAGGCGUCCACACUAUCGCUCACCGUCCUCGUUGCCAUCGAGAUGUUCAACGCGCUUAACGCACUCUCUGAGGACGGGUCUUUGGUCAUGAUGCCGCCGUGGCGCAACCCGUAUCUUCUUCUCGCCAUGCUCGUCUCCUUCGGGUCGCACUUCGUGAUCAUGUACAUACCGUACCUGGCUGACGUCUUCUCGAUUGUUCCUCUCGAUUUCAACGAAUGGAUGCUCGUCAUGGCGUGCGCCGCGCCGGUGUGUCUCAUCGACGAGGUGCUCAAGGUGUUCGGUCGCGCCGCGUCUCGUCGCGAGCUCAAAGCUCGCCUCAACCGAUCGUCGUCGUUUUUUAGCGCGUGA